AUGGGAGCCAACCACAGCCGGGAAGAUCUCGAGCUUGAAUCGGAAACCGAAACCGAAUCCGAGUCCGAAGAAAUCACCCGUGAACAGGAAUCCGACGACGAGGGAGAAAACUACGGUACGCCCUCCUCCUAUUCCUCCGACCAUCCAAAAUCCAAAACGCCGUCGUCUUUAGAUGAAGUUGAAUCGAGACUCAAGGCUCUGAAAAUCAAGUACAAUAACCAGGCCCAAAGUAAUUAUCCGAAGAAUUCUGUCAAGCUUUACCUCCACGUCGGUGGAAACACGCCCAACUCUAAAUGGGUCGUUUCUGAAAAAGUCACUUCUUACUCUUUCGUCAAAUCUGGCUCAGAAGAUGACGAAGAGGAUGAAGAAAAUGAAGAAUCCGACUCGACUUCUUGGUGGGUCUUGAAAAUCGGGAGGAAAGUCAGGGUGAAAGUGGAUCAAGAUUUACAGUUCAAGGCGUUUAAAGACCAGAAGCGUGUUGAUUUCGUGGCAAAUGGGGUUUGGGCAAUUAAGUUCUUUAGCCCGGAAGAGUAUGAGAGUUUCGUUGGGAAAUAUCAGGAGUAUUUGUUUGAGAAUACUUAUGGGUACGAAGCGAACGAUGCGAAUAAAGUGAAGGUUUAUGGGAAAGAUUUUCUGGGGUGGGCGAAACCAGAGGAGGCAGAUGAUUCGAUGUGGGAGGAUGCGGAGGAGAGUUUAUAUAAGACUCCCACAAAAACUCCCAUGAAAGAAAGCCAUGAUUUGAAUGAGGAGUUUGAGGAGGCUGCGGCAAAUGGUGGGGCCAUUCAGAGUUUGGCAUUAGGUGCUUUGGACAACAGUUUUCUGGUUAGUGAUUCAGGGAUUCAAGUCGUUAGGAACUAUAGCCAUGGUAUUCAAGGGAAGGGUAUCUAUGUUAAUUUUGAUGAUGGGAGGUUGAGUGGUAGGAAGAGUGUCAAUGCCAGCUAUUCGACACCAAGGAAGGCUUUGUUGAUGAGGGCUGAGACUAAUAUGCUUCUCAUGAGUCCAAUGAAUGGUGGGAUGCCACAUUCGAGGGGUUUGCAUCAGUUUGAUAUUGAAACAGGAAAAAUUGUGAGUGAGUGGAAAUUUGAGAAAGAUGGAACUGAUAUUACAAUGAGGGAUAUUACGAAUGAAAGUAAAGGAGCUCAGAUGGAUCCCUCAGGGUCUACUUUCUUGGGGCUGGAUGAUAAUAGGUUGUGUAGGUGGGAUAUGCGUGAUCGCAAUGGCAUGGUUCAGAAUAUUGCAAAUGAGAGCACUCCUGUCUUGAAUUGGACUCAGGGACACCAGUUUUCUAGGGGAACUAACUUCGAGUGUUUUGCCACAACAGGUGAUGGAUCAAUUGUGGUUGGGUCACUUGAUGGGAAGAUUAGGUUGUAUUCAAUCAGUUCUAUGAGGCAGGCCAAGACUGCUUUCCCUGGACUUGGUUCACCUAUUACUCACGUGGAUGUUACCUAUGAUGGAAAAUGGAUUUUGGGGACUACUGAUACGUAUUUGAUUCUCAUAUGCACUCUGUUUACAGACAAGGAUGGCAAAACAAAGACUGGUUUCUCCGGUCGUAUGGGGAAUAGGAUCUCAGCUCCAAGAUUGUUGAAACUGAAUCCUCUGGAUUCACACAUGGCUGGAGCAAACAAUAAGUUUCGCAAUGCUCAGUUUUCGUGGGUUACCGAAAACGGUAAACAGGAGCGCCACCUUGUCGCCACCGUGGGCAAGUUCAGUGUUAUAUGGAACUUCCAACAGGUGAAGAACAGUUCUCAUGGAUGUUAUCUGAAUCAGGUAGGAUUGAAAAGCUGCUACUGCUACAAGAUAGUUCUGAAAGAUGACUCUAUUGUCGAUAGUCGUUUCAUGCAUGAGAAAUUUGCAGUCAGCGACUCACCCGAGGCACCACUCGUGGUUGCAACCCCCAUGAAAGUUAGCUCCUUCAGCAUAUCUAGCAGGUUGCGCAUGUAA